AUGUAUCCCAAUAGACAGCCGUCUGUGCUGCCCGCGUUGUAUUUCCAGCACCGCUUUUAUACCAGUCAACUUACGCAGACACAUCAAGCGCUCAGCAAGUCGUAUCGCAAGCUCGCCAGGGUCGAGACUGAACUCGCCGAUGGUCAGGACAGACAAGUGACGAGGAAGGAGAAGAAGCAACUGCAGUGGUCAAAGUCUACUACGCGGGCUACCGUGCAAAAGCUGGAAUCACAGCAAGCUAACUUGCAGGAGAGUCUGCGACAGUGUAACCAUCUGAUUGCGUCUUACGGAACGAACACUUCAUGUUAUCAAUGGCCGCUUCCCCCAGAGACACCUUGGACAACUCAUCCGCCUACGACAUCCUGGACGGGAUCCCAGAUUUGUAGCCCAUACGGGCCUUUCACACCGACACCGUGGCAUGGGUGGCUCAAAACCGCCACUGCACCCGUCCACAGCAGGACCUUUACAGUGACAAGCCAACAACAGCCGCCAAGACCACAGUACUGGGAUCUGUCUAUGCUGCGUGAACGACGACAAUCUUCACCAGAGGCUUCCUUGGCGGACUCCGGCUUCUAUGAACCAGCUACAAACACCCAGCUUUUGGCCGCUGCCUUGGCCUCGGAAGAUAGAAUUGCGGACCCUGAGCACGUCUUUGCGCAUGAGCUUAUCGAGGCUGCUGGCUACAAAGCUGCCGAAGCUGCGUCUGAGGACAGCUCGAUGGGAGGACAUAGAAGCAUGAUGUCUUCCGUGUCGGAGAAGGACGAGGUGCCUGAGCUGCCGCGGUCGCCGAUUGUGUCGGCCUUGUCAGGCGUUGAGCUGAAUGAUGAAUCAAAGGCAACGUGGCUGUUGCAUCAACGGCGACACUCAGAGAACGCUGUAAGCUUGAUCGAGAGCUGCUUAGCGGUCCCUCGGAAGCACGUACGAGGAGCUAGUAUUGGUCCUGUGCCUGCGCAGAGGCGCAAGAGGGAUACUUCGACGAUUGAGGACUGA